AUGAGCGAACUGCGAGGCGAUGCCCACUCGCCCGCCGCCGGUGCAACGGCCACCGCUACAGCCACCACGACGGCCACUCUCCCUCCCGCAGCUGUUGCGGCCAAGGAUGGCGAGCUGAUGCCCGACGCUGGAUUGAGGAGCCUCGACCACUACAAACGCGCCCUGCCAAAAUGGCGGUACUCAUUGCGCCAGCAGCUGCUGCCCCUGAUCCGAAUGGAGACGCCGUACCUCGCCUGGAUGCAGGACAAGAUGCGAACCCCCGCCCUCGAUAGUUACUUUGCCAUUACCGCCAACCUAGGAACCCAUACUUUCUUCAUGAUCGGGCUGCCCAUAUGCUUCUGGUGCGGACAUGCCGCCUUUGGCAAAGGACUCGUCCACAUUCUGGCGCUCGGCGUUUUCUGGACUGGCUUCGUCAAGGACUUCUACUCACUCCCCCGCCCGCUCUCCCCGCCUUUGCACCGCAUCACCAUGUCUGGCUCCGCUGCCCUCGAAUAUGGUUUCCCGUCGACACAUAGCGCCAAUGCCGUUUCCGUCGCCUUGUUGGCGAUCCUCAACUUGCGAAGCCCCGAAAACACCCUUCCGGCGACCACGACAUUCGCCCUCGAGGCCCUGUCUUACUUCUAUGCCAUUUCCAUUAUCUUCGGUCGUCUCUACUGCGGCAUGCACGGCUUCCUCGACGUCAUUGUUGGCUCUAUCAUGGGCGCUGCUAUCGCCUGGCUCGAGUUCUAUUGCGGUCCCCCACUGGAUCAGUACAUGCACGAAAGCUCCUGGCUGGCUCCUGUAGUGGCGGGUCUCAUCAUUCUGGUUCUCGUGCGCAUCCAUCCGGAGCCCGCAGAUGACUGUCCUUGCUAUGAUGACAGCGUCGCUUUUGCUGGCGUUGUUAUCGGCCUCGAAUUUGGCACUUGGACGUAUGGAAAGAUUGCCCUAGAUCCGUGGGCGACGCACGCACAUGGCGGAAGCCCCGUUUAUAUUGAGCACCUGGAUUGGAGUACCUACGUGGGUAGGAUCGUGUUUGGUGUUUUCGUCAUCUUUGCCUGGCGUGAGACGAUGAAGCCACUGCUGCUCAAACUCCUUCCUCACCUCUUCCGCAUCUUCGAGCAGGUUGGUGUGAACAUGCCCCGACGCUUCUUCACCCCCGCCAGCAAGUACGAGUCUGUGCCACCUGGAUCCCGCCUAGAUACCCUCAUUCCCACGGCCUCGGAUUUCCCCCGUAUGGUCGAGAGUAUCCGAUAUCCCACUACCCGAGGUCGAUCAGUGUCGAUUGGCCCUCAGAGCGCUGCAGAUGCGUACGAGACGCUGGCAUACCGUGAGCGCAGACGGCGCGAGAGCGUUGGUAGCAACCGCAGCCUGAGGAGCAUGUCAAGCAACUUGGAGCUCCAGACUACUCAUGAAGAUCAUUCCGGCAAGGGUGCCCUUGCCUCUGGAUCGCAACCACCCCGCGCGAGUGAGUAUGAGAGGAUGGUGAGCAAUGACGAUAUUACUGCAUCACCGGUGGCCGAGGAUGAUCAGAUUGAGAUUGUCGUAACCGAAGAGGAUGGGCUUGGCGAGAAGGAGAUGUUCUCCCUGCUGGUGAAACCCCGCGUGCGGUACGACGUCGAGGUAGUGACAAAGCUCAUCAUCUAUACCGCAAUUGAGCACACAGCACCGCCCAAAAAAAAAAAACCACACUUGAACUCUUCGUCUCUGUUGUCAACUGCCACGGAUAUUGCACAAGCCAACAUGUCGGAUUUUGAAGAUGAGAUGGACGUUGAUGGGCCCGGCCCUUCCAAGGACAUACUCUUUUCCGCCUCAGCAACCAAGGGCAAGCGGAGCGCCGCCAACUUGCCUGUAGAGGCCGAAGAUAGCUUGCCAUGGAUCGAAAAGUACCGCCCCAACACUCUCGACGACGUAUCAGGCCAUCAAGACAUCCUCGCUACCAUAAACAAGUUCGUCGACUCCAACCGCCUCCCCCACCUCCUCCUCUACGGCCCCCCAGGCACUGGCAAGACCUCGACCAUCCUCGCCCUCGCGCGGCGCAUCUACGGCGCCGCGAACGUCCGCCAGAUGGUGCUUGAGCUCAACGCCUCAGAUGACCGCGGCAUCGACGUGGUGCGCGAGCAGAUCAAGACGUUUGCGAGCACCAAGCAGAUCUUCUCCAUGGGCGGACCUACGGGCAAGUCAGGCGCCCUGGCGGGUUUCAAGCUCAUCGUGCUCGACGAGGCAGACGCCAUGACAAGCACCGCGCAGAUGGCCCUGCGUCGUAUCAUGGAGAAGUACACGGUCAACACGCGCUUCUGUAUCAUUGCCAACUAUGCACACAAGCUGAGCCCCGCGCUGCUGAGUCGAUGUACGCGGUUCCGCUUCAGCCCGCUCAAGGAGGCCGAUAUCCGAUGUCUGGUGGACAAAGUCGUCGAGGAAGAGAAGGUGAACAUUGGAGGCGAGGCGGUGGAUGCCCUGGUGAAGUUGAGCAAGGGUGACAUGCGAAGAGCCCUGAACGUGCUACAGGCGUGCCACGCAUCGAGCACCCCUUUGCGACUGAAGGAUGCACCCAAGAUCCCCGAGAGCGAGAUACAGCGAGAAACCAUCACGACGGAGACCAUUUACACAUGCAUCGCCGCGCCUCCGCCGGACUCCAUCAAGGAGAUUGUAUCAACGCUUCUCGGCACAUCUGAUGUGACGAGCUGCUUGAACACUAUCAACGCGCUCAAGGUUUCUCAAGGCCUGGCCCUGGCUGACAUUAUCACAGCGUUGUCGGAGGAGCUGACUAAGUUGGAAGUGAGCCCCGAGGUGAUGAUCACCUGGCUGGAUGGCCUGGCGAACAUUGAGCAUAGAGUAGCCGGUGGUGCUAGCGAGGCCAUCCAGACGGGUGCGGUGAAUGGCGUCUCCGCGCAACCGGCAGCCAGAUGCGGACGUGAAAUAGCUGCACCGAAGCAAAUCCGCCCUCACAUCUGCAGCGUCGCUCAGUCCUCCCGCCAGCUCAAUUCGCCCGCAAUGGUGUCUGUGGCGUCCUCCGAGGCCGGCGCCGUGUCCGUGGCUGCGUCCGUCGAGCCGCUGUCCGAGUCCAACGUUGCUCGCAUCCCGCAUAUCCUUCCUCACGAGCGCGUCUUCCCCAUCCAGAUCGGCAGCGAGCUGUUCAAGCUCUCGGGCGCUUCUCUAUCCUCCGAUGCUCCGUCCUACUUCUCGCAAUAUUUCCUCUGCCAGCUCCGUGCCGCUGCCGAGAAUGGCGACGAGACCGGCUCAUCGCUCCGUACGCUGUACAUCGACCGUGACCCCGUUAUCUUCCGCGACAUCUCGCUGCAUCUGCAAGGCUACCAUGUCUCGCCCCGUGACGGCACGCACUUUCUGUACGAGGAGAGCAUCUUCAUCACCAUCGGCCACCGCGAGUUCCAGAUCCCCCGCGAUAUCUUCACCGACCCAGGCAACUCGCCCAACUACUUCUCCCUCGGCUUUGCCGUCUUCUUCUCGCGCCCAGACGACCUCUUCCCGGGACUUGAGCGCGAGGGCCUCAUCCGCCCGCCGUCGAUUCUCCCGCCGUCGGUCCCCAACCGCAGCGCCGACACCUUUUCCGAGCUGUUAAGUCUGCUGCGUGGCUACCCGGUGCACAUCCGUGACGAGAUCCACCGGCAGGAGCUGCUACGCGACGCCCGUUACUUUCACUUCAAGGGGCUUGAGCAGCGCCUGAUCCCCCAUGCCAUCACCUACAACCAGGCGCGCCGCCGCGAGGAGAUUGUGCUGCGGCUGGAGAAUGUCCAAAAGAGCGGUAUAAGUGUCCUCCACGAGGGCCCCGAGCCCGGCGCCGGAUGGGUGCAGUAUGCGCGGCCCUACGUCGACGAGAAGCCGGCCGAGCUAGUGUUGGAGAUUGGCGGCGAGACGACCAAGAUUCACUUCAUUGGCGGCGUCCCCAAAGCCGAGUUCUUCAAAGACACCAAGGCUCGUGUGGCGAAGCUCUUUGAGGUCAUUGCGACCAAGCUCAACCUCCCUCCGACAACCCAGCCGCUCGGCCUCCUCAUGGCCUCGGGCGGCGCCGGCUCUCAGCCUCCGACCCCGGGCAACACGCCGCUCAGCGAGGACCUUGUCCGUAUUGUUCUCGACCACGAAUCCGCCAUUGUCCUAGACGGCAAGGAGCACAUAGAAGAGCCCGUGAUAAACUCCGGUUCCGCCGUCGACUCCCCCGCCAGCAGUAUCGGCGGUGCCUUCACGACGAACCCGCGAAAGCGCCGACGGACCGACGGCAGCAUCGCCCCAGGCGACGACGAGUGGACCGUCAUGACGGGCCAGUGGCGGCUGCGGAUCCAGGGCUCCAAGGGUGGCAAGAGCGGUAUCGAAUGCGUCCUCGUCGCCGUCAAGCUGGACGCCGUGACCUCUCAGUUUGGGCGCAACAUGGCGAGAGGAUUCCUCGGCAUCUGA